GCGUAAUUUAAACUUCCCCGUCGCAUAAAGUAGAUAUUUGUGUUCAUUACUUUGUCCUGCUAAUAGUCAAGCAUAUAUCGAAUACACAUCUCAGCAUAUUACGGACGUAUUAGCCACACCAGCGUAAAGCUAAGAACAACAACACAAGUUAACGUUGGUUAUUAUCGUUAGCUCACUAAUUUAGCAUCGAAACGUAGCGUAAACUACCAGCAACGUUGAACUGCGUCAACUGUUAACGUUCCAUUAUGAAUUUCUAGGCAAAGCUUACGAGAGCAGCCAUGACAACAACAACAAGCAAUGUUUCAGUUCUUAAAGAUGUUGUUGUCUAUGUGGAUGUGUGGUCAUCAGACAAAACGGCAAACUAUUCUAAACCAUUCGUUCAGCAGCUGCAAGAAAUGGGUGCUCAGGUAUCAAAGUCAUUCAAUAAACAAGUCACACAUGUAGUCUUCAACAACGGCCACCCGGCUACAUGGAAGAAAGCUAAGAAAAAUGACGUGAAGCUUGUCUCUGUUCUCUGGGUAGGCAGAUGUUACGAUGAUGGGGUUCGUUUGGAUGAGGAGUUGUUUCCAGCCCUCAAUGAUGAAAGCAAUCCUAUAUUGAAGAACAAAAAACAUCGAUGCAUGCAACCAAAAGAUUCUCCGGAGAGGACACCUGAAAAUGACAGACGCAUGAGAAAAAAAUUAGAUAAGAUGAUGAAAGACCUAGCUCCAAAACAACCUUUUGUUACCGAUGUGUCGCCCAUCAUUAUUGAUGAGGAGAAUGGAAUUGUCUAUAGCCCUGCAUUGAAAAGAUCAGAUUACAUGGCACAACGCUUGAGAGACAUGAAAGAGAAACGAGAAAACCUCUCACCCACAGCUUCACAAAUGGUUGAAUCCUGCUCACCAGCAGGGAUGAAGCCUUCUCUUGGGAGCACACCAACAGUCCUCAAAUUAAUGUAUGACCCGUCUGAUGAUGAUGAUUCCAGUGCUUCUGUUGCUGAACCUGCUUACUCACCUGAUAAGGAAGAAGGGAGAAAGGAAGUGGAUGUCACUGACCAUGACCGCCGUGAGCAACGCCACAUGAAAGACUCCAAAGAGCCGUGGCUCUCCCCCUGCCGCGAUGUGCCAAAACAAGUUUCAAGUUAUGUAAAAUGUCAAGACUUCAAGGAAGCCACUACUCUAAAAAGAAGGUCCUCAGUCAGAAAAAAGGCAGCGGUGAAACACAAAUCUUUCAGUUUAUUUGAAGGGCCCGUAAAGGAUAAGAUAUCUUGCAUCAGCACAAACUUUAAUGAAGAACAAAGGGAAUCAGAGAUAAAAUCAUCCGGGCCAUCGCCUGCCAAAACUGUAAAGGAAAAGAUAAAAGUAGCUAAAUCCUUUACAGAGACUAAGACACAUUUUUCUUCAGAUGCGGCAAAAUCGUCUAGCUGUCUGCCAUCACCAGACAAAUUUGGUAAUGGUGCGGUUAGACUGUUAAAGGAACCUGCUCCCCCAAUACAGAAAACACCUAAACAAGCCAGGGCAUCAUUUUCUGCCUUAGUUCGGUCUUUCACUCUACCCAGUGACUCUAAAAGUGCUGCUUCAGUUUCCACUGAGGGAGACGAUAAUGUCUUUGAGGACUACUUUUCCCCUGCCAACCACCACCCUACAUCCAAAGGACUUCCUUUGCCUAAUCUACCCGUGAGGAGAGACGUUCCAAAUCCUUUUCAGUUGGACUCUGUCCCAAAGAAGAGUAAACUAAAAACUGAAAGCGUAGGAUCCGACACUCCAAAUAAAAAGAAGAGGUUACUCGAAACAAGUCAGAAUUCUGUUGCAGGCAGCAAGCCGGAUGUCAAAGAACCUCAGCCUGCAUCGCGGGGGCCAAGUCCCGAUGUCACACACCGGGCAAAAAGGCGGAGACAAAGCACGUUGUCCUUCACAAGCAGCGGCACAACCCCGAGCGAUGCCGCGAGACGGAGAAGAGCCUCUGCCUCAGUGCGGCCCCCCACGUCGUCAGAGGCCGACGCGGUGUCGCCGCUGCAGAGGAACUCUGUCGUUGCCGUUUCUCAUGCAGUGGAAAGAGGGGGAAAUGUGCGUACGGCUGCAGCUGGUUUAAGAGAGUUCUCGUCUGAAGGCAAAGAAGAACAUCACAAUAAACAAGUCAGCUUGAGUCUUCAGAACAUGGUGAACAAAAAAAAGGUUAUGAGAACAUUGGUCAUGACGAGCAUGCCCACUGAGAAGCAGCACACGUUGGUUCAGGUUGUGACGACUCUGGGCGGGUUUUCAAUCGUUGACCGAGUUUGUGAGAGCACAACUCACGUGGUGUCCUGCGGUCACCGGCGGACUCUCAAUAUUCUGUUGGGCAUAGCUCGAGGCUGUUGGAUCCUGUCGUUUGAAUGGGUGUGUAGUUUAUCCUGUGGUGUUUGGAGCAAAGGCAGUGGAUUCCAGAGGAGCCAUAUGAACUCUCAGACCAGUUUCCUGCAGCACAGUUUCUGCUGCCAGAUCUGUCGUCUCCAGAGGCACCUGUCUGCCGGGGAACACCAGCAGGAUCUGUUCCACGGCCAGCCCGCCAUGUUUGUGUCCCAGCACUCCCAGCCUCCCACUCACAGUCUGGAGGAGCUGAUCCAGCUCUGUGGAGGAACAGUCACCAAAUCCGUGCGACAGGCAGGUAUCUGCAUCGGGAAGCACAGCGGCAGGAGGCCCGAGGGAAGCAGGGUCCUGUCUGAGCAGUGGGUGCUGGAUAGUAUCACCCAUUUGAAGCGGCUCUCAUAUGACGACUACCUCUUGGAGUGAAAGCUGUGAAGUUCAGUUUCUAACUUUGUUCUCUUGCUUGUUGUUGUUCAGGGAAUCCUCUCAAAUAUUCCGUUUUCAGUCCCUGGUAAAUAUAAAAAACUACAAACUAUUAACCAUUCAAUAACAUCUUUUUUACAUACUACUACAACAUUACAAACUGCUUUGACUUUUGUUGUUUGAAUUUAUUGUACAAUGUGAUGAUUUUAACAAGACAUUAGCGUGAGCAUUGACUGUUUUCAAUUCUAACACUGUGAUUUUAAAGAUGCUUUCUGAGCCAGUUCAAUACUUAAAUGGAGACAACAUACUUUAUUCAUACAAAAAUGUUUUGUGCUGCCAUUAUUAAUAAAUACUUUUUGACUGUGGUUUUCUUAUAUUCUGUGAUCUCAUUUUAAUUUUCGCCAAGUUUAAUUAAUUGCAUUAUAGAGAGAUUACUUUAGAUAUCCCGGAACAUUUUGCACAAGCACGUAAUGAAUGAAACACCGUUUUGAGAAUGUCAACUUGGUUUUGAAAACAA